GGUGAAUCUGGGAAAAGCACAAUUGUCAAGCAAAUGAAGAUUAUCCAUGAAGCUGGUUAUUCAGAAGAAGAAUGUAAACAGUACAAAGCUGUUGUCUACAGUAACACCAUUCAGUCCAUUAUUGCUAUCAUUAGAGCAAUGGGGAGGUUGAAGAUAGACUUUGGUGAUCCAGUCAGGGCUGAUGAUGCUCGUCAGCUCUUUGUGUUGGCUGGAGCAGCAGAAGAAGGAUUUAUGACUGCAGAGCUUGCUGGAGUUAUCAAGAGACUGUGGAAAGACAGUGGAGUCCAAGCUUGUUUCAACAGAUCUCGAGAAUAUCAGCUCAACGACUCUGCUGCCUAUUACUUGAAUGACUUGGACAGGAUAGCACAAACCAGCUACAUUCCAACUCAACAGGACGUUCUCAGGACGAGAGUGAAAACUACAGGAAUAGUGGAAACUCACUUUACUUUCAAAGAUCUUCAUUUUAAAAUGUUUGAUGUUGGAGGCCAAAGAUCAGAGCGGAAGAAGUGGAUUCAUUGUUUUGAGGGUGUUACAGCAAUUAUUUUUUGUGUGGCUCUAAGCGAUUAUGACUUGGUUUUGGCUGAAGAUGAGGAAAUGAAUCGGAUGCAUGAAAGCAUGAAGUUGUUUGACAGUAUCUGCAACAACAAAUGGUUCACAGACACUUCUAUUAUUCUCUUCCUGAACAAGAAAGAUCUGUUUGAAGAAAAAAUCAAAAGGAGUCCUCUCACUAUUUGCUACCCUGAAUAUGCAGGGUCAAACACUUAUGAAGAAGCAGCUGCUUACAUUCAGUGUCAGUUUGAGGAUCUGAACAAGAGAAAAGACACAAAGGAAAUCUACACUCACUUCACGUGUGCCACAGACACAAAAAAUGUGCAGUUUGUUUUCGAUGCUGUAACUGAUGUCAUUAUUAAAAAUAACCUUAAAGACUGUGGCCUCUUCUGAGAACAGACAAAAGGUUGUUAAAUGGUUUGAAGAUUGACUUCGCACAAUUCUAAUCUGAUUCUUUUCAAGGUGAAAGAAGUACAAAACACAUUGUGCAGAAUGAUAGAUCAGUACUGUACUUGCCUGUUUUAACAGCUUUAUUUAUGUUUGUCUUGUAAAUUUAAGUAAUUAGUUAACACUGAGAUGUCAGUUGAUUGUAUGUAAACUUACAAUUGUAGUAAUGUAUUUGUAUAAACGUUGAACGAAA